CCACUGAUGAUUGACCAAGGAACACACUUCUACAACAGGACCAUCAAGUCUCUAUUGGCUAAACAUGGAGUCAAUCACAAGCUGGCCACUCCUUAUCACCCUCAGACGAAUGGGUUAGCUGAAGUCUCUAACCAGGAAGUGAAACGAAUACUUGAGAAGAUUGUGAAACCAUCCCGUAAGGAUUGGAGUGAAAGGCUUGAGGAAGCUCUUUGGGCUUACAGGACUGCCUACAAGACCCCUAUAGGCAUGUCCCCCUUCUGGUUGCUCUAUGGCAAGGCUUGCCAUCUACCUAUGGAGAUCAAGCACAAAGCUUAUUGGGCAAUCAAGGCAUGUGAUGCAGAUCUUGAAUCUUCACUAGUCAAUCGGAAGAUGCAACUCCAAGAACUUGAAGAAAUGAGACUUGAAUCCUAUGACAAUGCCAGAAUCUACAAAGACAAGCUAAAAAUGAUUCAUGACAAACAGAUUCUGAGGAAGCAGUUUUAUGAAGUUGACAAGGUUCUGAAGUUUAAAGCCCGGUUGAAGUUGAUGCCCGGGAAGUUAGUCACCAAGUGGGAAGGUCCGUUUAGAGUUACUAAAGUAUAUCCCUUUGGCACGGUAGAGCUCGUAGAUGAGGAGACCGGUAUAACUUCACAAGUCAACGGCCAUCUGCUAAAGCACUACCAUGAGGAUCAAAAACCCCCUUGA